AUGCGUUUUCGCGAGUUGAUAGUCGUUUAUCUGUUUCAUUAUGUGCAUUGUUUUAGUAGAAAUGCAAGUUAUCUGAAGCCAAUAAAUUUCGAUCCAAUACCUGAUUAUGUCGAUUGGAGGGAAAGAAAUGGCGUGACUGCCGUAAAAGAUCAGAAGAGCUGUGGAGCAUGUUGGGCAUUCAGUGCCGUCGCGAAUAUCGAGAGUCACAUCAAAAUACACUUCGGAACGGAAAUCAUAUUGUCCGAGCAGUUUUUAAUUGACUGUGAUGUGGAGAGAACGGGAUGCAAAAGCACUACUGUCUUGAAAACAUUUGCUGAAAUCGUGUCAACGUUUGGUGGAGUUCUAAAAGAAAAAGAUUACUAUCCUUACUCGAACCGUGCUGAGGAAUGCAGAUGGAAUAGAGAAAACCCAAAACCAAUCCCAGUUAUAGGUUUCCAAAGAGUGUCGUCUGACGAAGCAGUCAUGGCGGAAUAUUUGAGCAAAUGUGGACCGCUUUCAGCUGCAAUUAAUUCAGCAUCAAUGUACAACUACAAACCUAAAGACGGAUUGAUACCUAUCGACGAGCCAACUGAAGAUGACUGCUCUUCAAAACCUGAUGCCCUCAACCAUGCUGUUUUGAUUGUUGGAUAUAGUGCGUCUGUGUAUAACGGCCGGACAACUCCGUACUGGAUAAUCAAGAACUCAUGGGGAAGUGAAUGGGGAGAUGGAGGGUAUUACUAUCUUGUGCGCGGGCGCAACGCGUGUGGUAUUUCUAACGACGUGUCAUUUAGCUUCGUUAACCAAAAAUCAUGUGUAAUUUGA